UCUAGUGACAUCUUACAUUAUCAACAUGAGGAUAUUCGUGAUUGCCGCCCUUUUCAUUGUCUCUGUGGCCGCUAAAGGCUCAGGACCUUAUUUACCAAGUGGUUGGAGACCAGAAGGUCCCGCUUUCUAUUUGCCAUCUGAAGUAAAGGAACCAAAAGAAAAUCCAUUCAAAGACGUGAUAUUCCAAGAAUCAAUAGCAUCUGGAUCUGAUUCAUUCCAAGAGUACGGUCCACCGAAAGUCGAAGUGGCACCAUUAGAAUUAUCAAAGCAAGGACUACCUGACGAGGUUACCGAACAAGCAUUCUCCGUAAUUGAAGCUAAAUCGCAGGAAAAUGUUGAGGAGAAAGUCGAAAUUGCUGUGACUGAAAUUCAAAAUAUUGUUGGAGAUUCUGAAGCUAAUCUGAGUCAACAAUCAUUCGUACAAGAAGCUAUACCAGUAACGGAAUUAAUCUUUGAAGAAACAACACCUUUAGUUGAAACAGAAAUCAUUGAAGACAUCCAACCAGCUGAAGUAACCACACAAAUUGUAGAAAUAGCCACAGCAGUUGUUGAAAACGAAGAAAUCACACAAAUCGUAGCUGAAACACCUAUCAAUGAAGUACUAGGAAACGAAGCUACAGCAGAAGUAACACAGCAAGAGAAUGAAAAUGCCAACAGCAAUAUCGUAUCCACCUUCCAAGAAAGAGUGCAAGUACAAGAAAUACAGACUGUGAAAGAAGAAGUACAGAAAGUUGAAACUGAAGUUCAAAAUGUAGAAACUGAGGUACAGAAAGUAGAAACGCAAGUCCAGAACUUUGAAACAGAAGUCAAGACUAUCGUACAAGAGGUUCAAAAUAUCCCAGAAUUAUUGAACAGUAUUGACAAUGAACAACAACAACAGGUUGAAACUGUUCAAGACGUAUCUGCUAAAGUUAUUCAAGACACAUUUGGAACCCUUGAGCAAGCUCCUGAAGGCUUCUUGGAAUAUGGACCUCCCGGUUUCAAAGAGUAUGGACCACCAAAAGAGGAAGUUGUUCCAAUUGCUGAGGUAAUUCUGCCCGUGCAACAGACAAUUGAAAGCAAUGCCAACAGAAGACGACGAUUUUCUCCCAAAUUCAGGACUGCAAGGAAAGCGAACAAACAUUAAAACUUGAAACCAACAAAUU